AUGACUCUCUACUACAGUCUUGUUUUUAUGCUCCUCGUGUUUGAGAUGGGCGUCUUCCUGGCGCUGAUCGUCCCUCUGCCAUUUACCAUCAAGCGCAAGCUGUUUACCUUCAUUUCAGAAAGCCCUAUCAUCGCCAAGCUUCAGUAUGGGUUGAAGAUUACCUUCAUUUUCAUCCUGAUUUUGUUCCUCGACAGCGUCAACCGGGUGUACCGGGUGCAGCAGGAACUGGCUGCUUUCUCCAGAGACGGACAUGGCGUCGGCGCUGCACACCUGGGCACUGAUCGGAUGGAGGUGCAGGCGCGCAAGUUCUACUCGCAGCGCAACAUGUACCUCUGUGGCUUCACCCUCUUCCUCUCCCUGAUUCUCAACCGCACCUACACCAUGAUCCUCGAUGUUCUCCGUCUUGAGGACCGCGUCAAGCUGCUCGAGGGUGACAAGAAGGCUGGUGGUAAGGACUCUGCUCGUCUCGCUGAGGCUGGCUCCAUUGGUGAAAUUGGCCGCCUGAAGGAGGAGAUUGCCGCUAAGGACCGUGAUAUCGAAACCCUUAAGAAGCAGUGUGAGGGCCUUACCCGUGAGUACCACAAGCUCGGCGAUGAGGUCUCCUCCAACAAGGGCGACGCCAACGUGAAGAAGGACCUGUAA